CCAAGGUAAAAUUAUCCACCACAGACACUGGAGCAAUCAAAAGGACUUUGAAUAUCAUCACACCUGUACAUUUUGCCAAGUGGGGAGAGAGGUAUUCUUUGGAAACAUGAAGACUAUGAUUCUGCUACUUUAUCUUCUAGGGUCAACUCAGUCAUUACCGACGCAGCUCAACCCUGUUUUGGGACUUCCUCCAACAAAACCGGCUCCACAUCAGGCAACACUACUAAACCAGCAGCAGCCAAAUCAGAUACUCCCCUCUUUAAGUCUGAUACCACUGACGCAGAUGUUCACACUGGGGUCAGAUCUGCAGCUGCUAAAUCCUGCUGCAGGGAUGCCACCUGGUACCCAGACCUUCCCCCUGAGCCUGGGGGGACUGAACACCCAACAGCAGCUGCAAUCCCAAAUGUUACCAGUUAUUGUAGCACACCUUGGAGCCCAUGGUGCUAUCAUAAGCUCAGAAGAAUUGCCGGUGGCCCCACAAAUCUUCACAGGACUCCUUUUUCAGCCACUGUUCCCGGGAUCCAGCCUGCCUACCAGUCCAGCUAAUCCAGAGGCCCAGAAUGGAAUCCUUCCUGCAGGGCAAGCCGGAGUGAAUCCUGCUGUCCAGGGAAUUCCAGAGGGCUUUUCCACAACUCCCAGAGACAUAGAUGAUGACUUUGGAGUGACCGCCCCUGCAGGCAUCCAAAAGGGCAUGCACACCACCCAGGAAACCACCACUGGGUCUCCAAAUGGAAUUCAGUAAGCUGUUUCAAGUUUUUUCAACUAAGCCUCCUCACAUGUGGUGAUACAUGAGAAUCUUCCUCACUGAUCAUGUCAUGGAGACACACUAGAGAGUAUCAGAAGAAACUCUUAGUUUACCUAACGUUCUUGAAAUUUCAGAAAACAUACUCUUAAUUAAUGACUUCUGAAAAAAAUAAUUAAAUGGAUAAAUUUGUCUUUGAAAUGUAACAUUAUGCCACCUUGGAUCUGGAAGAUAGACAUAUUAAACAUAUUUUGA